AUGGCUCGCUUCGGAGACGACGUGUCAGCUCGGUAUGGAGGCGGAGGUCCGGGCGGCGGGGGGAGAGGGGCGAGCCGUCAAGGGGGACCUCAGGCCGCCCAGAGAGGGAUGUACGGCUCCAAGUCCAUGGCUCAAAGAGCUCGGACUAUGGCUCUUUACAACCCCAUCCCCGUCCGCCAGAACUGUUUCACAGUCAACAGAUCACUUUUUAUAUUCAGUGAGGACAAUAUCAUACGGAAAUACGCCAAAAGAAUAAUCGAGUGGCCUCCAUUUGAAUACAUGAUAUUAGCGACCAUUAUUGCAAACUGCAUCGUUUUAGCUUUGGAACAGCACCUUCCCGAUGGAGAUAAAACGCCCAUGUCGGAGAGACUGGAUGACACUGAGCCUUAUUUCAUUGGAAUAUUUUGCUUUGAAGCUGGCAUCAAAAUUAUUGCUCUUGGAUUCGCUUUUCAUAAAGGUUCUUACCUACGAAAUGGCUGGAACGUGAUGGAUUUUGUGGUGGUUCUCACAGGGAUUUUAGCCACUGUUGGAACGGACUUUGAUCUGAGAACGUUGAGGGCCGUCCGAGUUUUACGGCCAUUGAAACUUGUAUCAGGAAUUCCAAGCUUACAAGUCGUACUGAAGUCGAUCAUGAAGGCGAUGGUGCCAUUGCUGCAGAUUGGGCUUCUCUUGUUCUUUGCGAUUGUGAUGUUUGCCAUUAUUGGUCUGGAAUUCUACAUGGGAAAAUUUCACCAAACCUGCUUCAGUAAAGAAACAGAUGCAGAACCAGUGACAGAUUUUCCAUGUGGCUCUCGGGCAUGUCCAAAUGGAACGGAUUGUAGAGGAUACUGGACUGGACCCAACUAUGGAAUUACAAAUUUUGACAAUAUCUUGUUUGCUGUGCUCACUGUCUUCCAAUGUAUCACCAUGGAAGGGUGGACAGAUAUUCUGUACAAUGCAAAUGAUGCCUCAGGGAAUGCCUGGAACUGGCUGUAUUUCAUCCCGCUGAUCAUCAUUGGAUCUUUCUUCAUGCUCAACCUUGUUUUGGGUGUUUUGUCAGGGGAGUUUGCUAAAGAACGAGAAAGGGUGGAGAACAGGCGUGCAUUUCUAAAAUUAAGGCGACAACAACAGAUAGAGCAAGAAUUCAACAGAUACCUGCGUUGGAUUCACAUAGCAGAGGAGGUCAUGUUGGCAGAAGAGGACAAGAAUGCAGAGGACAAGUGCGCUUUGGAUGUUUUAAAAAGAGCAACAACGAAAAAGAGUAAGAAUGACCUGAUUAAUGCUGAGGAGGGAGAAGAUCAUUUCACAGAUAUUUCCUCUGUGGGAUUUACUCGACCCAGCCUGAAAAGUGUUAAAAAUGACAGCUCCUCCUAUUUUCGGAGGAAGGAGAAAAGGUUUCGCUUCUUCAUUCGCCGCAUGGUGAAAUCACAGAGUUUUUACUGGAUUGUUCUCUGUGUGGUGGCACUUAAUACACUCUGUGUUGCAAUUGUCCACUAUGACCAGCCACUGUGGCUCACCGAGGCUCUGUAUUUUGCUGAAUUUGUUUUCCUCGGACUUUUUCUGACUGAGAUGUCACUGAAAAUGUAUGGUUUGGGACCAAGAACAUACUUCCAUUCUUCGUUCAAUUGUUUUGAUUUUGGGGUGAUUGUUGGCAGUAUUUUUGAGGUAAUCUGGGCUGCUGUGAAACCAGGUACCUCGUUUGGUAUAAGUGUUCUCAGAGCACUUCGCCUACUCCGAAUCUUCAAAGUAACCAAGUACUGGAACUCGUUACGUAAUCUGGUAGUAUCUCUGCUGAAUUCCAUGAAAUCUAUCAUUAGUCUGCUUUUCCUACUUUUCCUGUUCAUUGUAGUCUUUGCCUUACUUGGAAUGCAGCUCUUUGGAGGACAAUUUAAUUUUGAAGAUGGAACCCCUCCGACAAAUUUUGAUACAUUCCCUGCUGCAAUUCUUACGGUGUUCCAGAUCUUGACAGGAGAAGACUGGAAUGCGGUUAUGUAUUUUGGAAUUGAAUCACAAGGAGGAGUUAAAAAAGGAAUGUUUUCAUCCAUUUAUUUUAUUAUCUUGACACUUUUUGGGAAUUACACACUUCUCAAUGUCUUCUUGGCCAUUGCAGUUGACAACCUGGCAAAUGCACAAGAGUUGACAAAGGAUGAAGAAGAGAUGGAAGAAGCCAAUAUCCAAAAAAACACCAUCCAGAAGGCCAUAGAGGUUGCAGAUGUCAGUCCAAUAUCUGCAACUAACCUAUCUAUAGCAGCUUUUGUAAAGCAAAAUCGAGGUGCUCUAUCUCGCAGCUCGUCAGUCUCCAGCGUAAAUUCACCCAAGGAUCAACAGAAAGCGUUCAAGUCAAUGUCCGUCUGGGAACAAAGGACUUCACAACUAAGGCGUCAACACAUCCUUACUAGUCAAGAGGCUCUGUUUAAUGAACUUGACGAUGAGCAGCGCAGAGUGUAUGUCUCUUCCCAUCAGAUCCGGCCAGAUAUGAAAACCCACUUGGACCGGCCUCUAGUUGUGGAACCCAGGAAAGACGUGCGGAACAGCAAUGUUAAAGUCCGUCAAAAUGAUUGCCAAGACAGCGAACACGAGAGGUUGGUCCAGCCGGAGACCUGCGAGGUACCAAAACGGCACCAUCGGCAUCGGGAAAAGCCGAGCGAGCUCGAGAAGGGGGAUGGCACAAUUAACAAUGGAGAAUCUGGGACCAACAGCAAAGAUGAACCACGGCACUCACACAGGAGCCAAAGUAAAGAGACUGAACGAGAGCAGGAGGAAAGGCCUAAGGAUGGCAAAGGUGAUCGGAGCAGAAGUCGUGAAGGAGGGAGGAGGCACCAUCACCACCAGCAGAGCUCAGUGGACGAACCUCCCGAGAAGGAGCACAGGCGUCACCGGUCUCACCGGCAUUGCUCAGAUCAGCAAGCCAAGGAGGGAAAUGGCACAGCCAACGGCACAAAGGGUGAACGGCGGACACGUGCCAAAGAUGGGUCGCGUUCAGGAAAUCGAGAGGGAGACACAGCCGGCAGAAGUCAACACCCAGAGGGAGCUGAAAGGCGACGCAGACACAGGCAGAAGGCCCUCUCAACCUAUGAGUCGGAGGAGAAGAGAGAGAAUGAUGAAAAGGAAGGAGAGACUGUUCUACGAGAACGACGGAAUCAUAAAAUGAAGGACAGUCAAACACCUGUGGAUACGGCCAUGUUGGGGACCACAUCGCUGCCACCUAUUGGUGGUUUGAAGCAUGUUUCCCAGCAACCAGAGGAUGCCGACAACCAGAAGAAUAUUAAGCUUGUGACAUUACCGACAAGAGAUACAGAGCACACCAUCACUGUCAACAUCCCUGUCACCAUCACUGCUCCUCCAGGGGAGACCACUUUACUCCCAAGUGUUGAUAUGGAAAGUACCACAAAAAUGGAGGAAAAGAAAGACAUCGAUGCUGAUGAUUUGAUCAAAAACGGGCCAAGACAGAUACCACCAUACAGUUCCAUGUUCAUUUUCAGCCCCAGAAACCAUAUUCGCAGGGCAUGCCAUUACAUUGUCAAUCUACGAUAUUUCGAGAUGUGUAUCUUGAUGGUGAUAGCAAUGAGCAGUAUAGCCCUGGCAGCAGAGGAUCCUGUGACAGCAGACUCACCAAGAAAUAAUGUUCUGAAAUAUCUGGAUUAUGUGUUCACUGGCGUUUUUACAUUUGAAAUGGUGAUAAAGAUGAUCAAUUUAGGUCUGUUACUUCAUCCUGGCUCUUAUUUCCGAGACCUUUGGAACAUUCUGGAUUUCAUUGUCGUUAGUGGUGCUCUUGUGGCUUUUGCUUUUACUGGAAACAAAGGCAAGGAUCUCAACACCAUCAAAUCCCUGCGAGUUCUCAGAGUGUUGCGGCCACUGAAAACCAUCAAACGUUUGCCAAAAUUAAAGGCUGUCUUUGACUGCGUGGUGAACUCCCUGAAGAAUGUUCUGAAUAUACUUAUCGUUUACAUGCUCUUCAUGUUCAUCUUUGCUGUCAUUGCUGUGCAGCUUUUUAAGGGUAAAUUCUUCUACUGCACUGACGAGUCAAAGGAUUUGGAAAAGGACUGCAGGGGCCAAUAUCUCGUUUAUGACAACGAUGAGAUUGAGGCAAAACCCAGGGAAUGGAAAAAGUAUGAGUUCCACUAUGAUAAUGUGCUGUGGGCCUUGCUCACACUAUUCACUGUAUCAACUGGUGAGGGCUGGCCAAUCGUUUUGAAACACUCGGUGGAUGCUACAGAAGAGGAUCAGGGACCCAGCCCCCGCUACCGCAUGGAAAUGUCCAUCUUUUAUGUUGUGUACUUUGUUGUGUUUCCAUUCUUCUUUGUCAAUAUUUUUGUUGCGCUCAUUAUCAUUACAUUCCAGGAACAGGGUGAUAAGGUGCUGUCUGAGUGCAGUCUCGAGAAAAAUGAGAGAGCCUGUAUUGAUUUCGCUAUAAGUGCCAAACCACUGACUCGCUACAUGCCACAGAACAAGCAAACUUUUCAGUACAAGAUGUGGAGAUUUGUGGUCUCCCCUCCUUUUGAAUAUUUUAUAAUGGCUAUGAUCGCAAUCAAUACUGUAGUGUUGAUGAUGAAGUUUUAUAAUGCUCCUGAAUCUUAUGACAGAAUGCUGCAGUACCUGAACAUAUUAUUCACUUUUCUGUUUUCCAUGGAGUGUGUACUGAAGCUUAUUGCAUUUGGUAUUCUGAACUACUUCCGCGAUGCAUGGAAUGUGUUUGACUUUGUAACUGUAUUGGGAAGUAUUACUGAUAUUUUAGUCACUGAGCUGGCGGUAAGUAAUAAUAUUAUCAAUCUCAGCUUCCUGCGGUUGUUCAGAGCAGCACGUCUCAUCAAGCUCCUCCGUCAGGGAUAUACCAUUCGUAUUUUGCUCUGGACGUUUGUGCAGUCUUUUAAGGCAUUACCUUAUGUCUGUCUCCUGAUUGCUAUGUUGUUUUUCAUCUAUGCCAUUAUUGGAAUGCAGGUAUUUGGCAACAUUGCACUAGAUGAUGACGGUGCGAUUAAUCGCCACAACAAUUUUAGGACUUUCUUACAAGCCCUAAUGCUCUUAUUCAGGAGUGCCACUGGAGAAGGCUGGCAUGAAAUUAUGCUGGCAUGUCUGAGCAAAAGCCCAUGUGAUAAAGACUCGGGCACAGAAGCCAAUGAAUGUGGAAAUGAUUUUGCCUAUUUCUACUUCGUAUCUUUCAUUUUUCUUUGUUCCUUUCUGAUGUUAAAUCUUUUUGUAGCUGUUAUUAUGGACAAUUUUGAGUAUUUAACCCGAGAUUCCUCUAUCCUGGGACCACACCACUUGGAUGAGUUCAUUCGUGUCUGGGCUGACUAUGAUCCUGGAGCCUGUGGGCGCAUCACUUACAAUGACAUGUAUGAGAUGCUGAGACACAUGUGUCCACCCUUAGGCCUGGGAAAGAAAUGUCCUGCAAGAGUCGCCUACAAGCGGCUUGUACGAAUGAACAUGCCAAUUGCUGCAGAUGGCUCUGUGCAUUUCACAUCUACACUGAUGGCAUUGAUUAGAACAGCCCUCGAUAUCAAGAUUGCUGGAGGAGGUUCAUACCAACAACAAUGUGAUGCUGAGCUUCGGAAGGAAUUAACUGCUGUUUGGCCAAAUCUAUCUCAAAAGGUUUUGGAUAUACUGGUGCCUCCACAUCGACCCACAGAGUUGACAGUGGGGAAGGUCUAUGCAGCGCUGAUGAUUUUUGAUUACUACAAGCAGAACAAAAGUAAAAGAAUCCAACAACAGCAGCCAGGCAGCUUGUCACAGACUCGAACAUCGUUCUUUCAGCGCAUGGUGGGAGCCCUGACACCCACGCAAGAAGAGCCCCCUUCACUUAACAACACAAAGUCCAUCUCUCAUCCGAUGAACAAGAAUGCACUCAACAAUGGUGGCAACAUUUUGUAUCAAGGUGGGCUCAAAGAAUCCUCACCCUGGUUACAGGCCCAGGAGGCAUUUACUGAAGCCAAACUACGAAAGCCUGAACCGAGUCAGGCAGAUGAAACUCCAGGUCUGCAAAGCAGCCCUCAGGCUGUGGAGAUGAGAGAGAUAGGGUCUGAUUCAAACCAGACAGAUCAACCGGGCCUUGAGACCCAAGGACGUGCAGCAUCGAUGCCUCGAUUAACAGCAGAAACCCAGCCAAUUCCAGACACAAGCCCCAUGAAGCGUUCUAUCUCUACGCUGACACCACAGAGAUCUCAUGGAAUGCAUCUCCCUGAUUACUCUCUGGAGCGGGUUAUCCCAGAACGAAUGCCUCAUCAUCACCACCACCACCAUCAGCACCGCUGCCAUCGCAGAAAAGAGAAAAAACAACGGUCACUGGAGAGAUCUCCCACUAGGCAUGCAGAUGGAGAAACAGACCAAAGGGAUGACUUCAGUUCUGCGGCUCGCCAAAAAGAACAACAAUCAAAGGAGCGUUCACGAGGUAGAUCACAGGAGCGGAAACCUCCAUCCUCCAAUGAGAAGCAACGUUACUAUUCCUGUGACCGAUAUGGCAGUCGGGAAACCCCACAGCCCAAGUCAACUGAUCACAGCCGGUCAACAUCUCCCAGUGCAGGCCCAGACUAUAGCCUCCGCAGACAGGGCAGUGGUUCGGUUAACGGCAGCCCUCUGCAGUCAGUCUCUGGUGUGAGCACCCCGUGUCGUGGUCGACGACAGCUUCCGCAGACCCCCCUAACACCGCGCCCCAGCGUCACCUACAAAACUGCAAACUCCUCUCCAACUCAGUUUAGCAACCUGCACGGUGUUUUGCCCCCAACUCCUCCAGGGAGACUCAGCCGUGGACGGUCAGAGCACAACACCUUCCUGCGCAGCGACUCCCAGAACCAAUCAUACACUGGCGAUGAGAGCAGACAGCCAAUGGUGAUGCGAAUCGGAUCAGACCCUUACCUGGGGCACCGUGAAGCUUGCAACAGUGAUGGACUCGCACUGCCAGAGGAGACUCUGACCUUUGAGGUGGCUGUUGCCACGACUACGGGCAGGUCCCCCAGGACUUCCUGCAUCUCACCUUUCACAUCUCAGUCUCACCAAAGCCGCAGAGUCCCAAACGGUUACCACUGCAACCUGGGUAUGAGCAUGGGUCCUGGGACAGGCGCGGGAGAGCGGCAAUAUUAUCGCGAAACAGAUGAAGACGACUGGUGCUAGCAUGGCAGUCUAGCGAGACUCUUACAGAUUAUACAUUAAUAUGAUGAGUUUUAUCAUCUGCAGGGUGUUCUGUCGGAGCUCAGAGUGUAUAUUAAUAUGCAGCAUUCAUGGGGAUUUAGAAACUGGAAAUUGUUCCAGAAAUCUGAUUUUUUAAGAGUUGCUUCAGCUUGUUUUUGCACUGAAUUUGCAAGUGAAACAUGGUUCACUUGAAGUGAA